AUGUUCUCUGUUUCCAGCGAAAGAAACAAAUACAGACUUGGCCUUGGGAUAUAUACCGGUGAGUGCUCAUAAUCUGUGGAUUGGUCUAUUUUAGACAGAGUUGUUCUAAAAGACGCAACCGAAUUCGAGCGAUUCUGCAUGGGUCUACCUCAAUUCAUUUUACCCAUCAGAGACUGGAAAACGCCGUGAAAGAAUCAAUUUCUAUUCACUACAAUUUUUUUCUUUCUGAUCGUUCCCAAACUUCUUCCUGCAAGUUUUGAUCCUAUAGCCUCCCUUUGCUAAUUACAUGUGGUUCCGUCUCAUCCUAUCAUCAGAGAAUGAAAAAUGCUGAAAGGAUCAAUUUCUAUCCAUUGCAAUUUCUAUAGCCUUCCUUUGCUAAUAAUAUGUGAUUCCGUCUCAGCUGGAACUGCUGGUGAUUCUUUGAGCUAUCAUCGAAACAUGGCAUUCUCCACUAAAGAUCGCGACAAUGACAAUGCGAACUCGUUCAACUGCGCCGCAUCCUAUAAAAGUGCUUGGUGGUACAACAACUGUCUCCGUGCCAACUUAAACGGCUACUAUUACCACGGUUCGCAAGUCAAGUCUGGCUAUCGUGGUAUCAACUGGGGUAAAUGGAAGGGUGCUUAUUACUCAGCUAAGAGAGCUGAAAUGAAGAUCAGGCCCGUGGACUUUUAAGAUAGAAACAUACACAUACAAGGAAUACACUACAUCAGCUAUAGUUUAUCGGCUUCUCUGCAUAGUCGAGAAACACGGAAUAAAAAAAGCAAUGUAAAUAUGCUUUAAUAUUUAAAUGGGUCUGACACAAAGUUAUGGGUUUAAUAAAAGAAAAGAAGGGAGAGAAAGACGUUCAGUUCAUUUUCGUGUAUCACUAUUUGUUUUACGAUCGAAAGCUUGAAACUGACAAAAUUUAUUUGCAGCUUUAGCGAUAUCCAAUUAAAUGUCAGUAGUGAUCAUAUUUAUCUGGGAUUUAAUCGAUUUUGGCACAAAUUUAUAUAAAAAAAUAAUGAUACACGAAAGUAAGUAUAUUUUUUUACGAUCGAAAGCUUGAAACUGACAAAAUUUCUUUGCAACUUUAGCGAUAUCCAAAUUAAUUUUCAGUAGUGCUCAUGUUUAUCUGGGAUUACAUCGAAUGCGGCAGGAAUUUCUAUGUUCUGUGAUUGUUCUGGAACAUGUGUCUUAAAAGAGUCCUCAGCAGUUUUUCUUGUCUUAUUCUUUUUAAUAUUUAUAUCGUCCUUCUGUUUUGCUAUUACAUCAGACAAGAUAUUUACCCUGUAACUUAUCUGACAUAAACAAGGAAAUGGUGAUUCCUUUUCCAUCGUCCCCUUCCCGAAAAGUUUUCAGUUUUACCUGAUAGAUCUUCAGUAAUGGCGUUGCCGGUGAUAUCUUGGAUCUCUGAUCCAAGCUCAGGGGGAAAAUCAUCUUUAAUUACCUUACCUGAGUAGGACGAUAAUAGGCCUUUUCUUUCACGGCUCUGUUAAAAGCAAGAGCUUAAAGACCAAAAAGAUCUUACAUAAUUUAUUAGAAUUUAUAAAAGAAUCAGAAGAGCAAAAAUAAAUGAUAGUGUUUUCAACGAAAAUACAAUACAUACAAAACCUCUGGCUUGGGACUGUAUUGGGACCUUGACCUGCGAGCUUAGCCCUGUUGAUUUGUUCUAAAAAAGGCAUAGCAAUGGAGCUAAUCUGACUGAAGUUUGAAGUUCUUGACCUCUAUUGCCAUUUAUGCUUAACCCAAACGUCCGUAGGAACACUCAAGACUAAAAAGCAAGCCGUUCGUUUAUUACUUCCUUCUUAUUAUGUCGCCAAAUCAACAUCGUCUCUCCAGACGUCCGAAGUGGAGGCGCGGAAAACUGGGAAUGAGAAUUUCGAGCCUCUUUCAAUAGGUUUGGCUCUGUCCCCAAUAUCGUGCUAUUGAAUUCUGCUCAGAUAUCUUGGGGGCAGUGUAAGGACCGAAAUGUUUAGCCUGAUUACAUGGAGUUAUCAACAUAAUUCGAAAUGACUUCUGUCCCAAUAGCUUAAAUGAUCUAGCUGGUUUUUCCCUCUUUUCACUUGAUCCUUGAUUAAAAUACAUCUGUAUAGACCAGUUACAAACAAAGAGGAGACGUGCGCAAGAAUGCUCAGUUGGAGAGAAAAGGGCUUUAAAGUCUUAAAAUUGACGAUGACAACAACCCCAACGAUCAAUAUGGAAUUUUUUUUGUAGGACCGUAAACUGAAAUCACCCAGGUGGUUUUUCCUUCUUUUUGCUCCAUUCUCAAUCAAAGGACACCUUUUAGUCUUUGCAAACGAAGAGCAACUGGAAAGAAACGGGUUUCAAAGUCUUGAAAUUGAUGAUGACAAUAGUCCAAAACAUAUUUAUAGAAAUAUUUUGUCGCACCGCGUGAGUGAUUUAAAUUCUUGUUUCUGAAGUUGAUUUUCGCGUAUCUACGUAGCUGCCACAUAUUUGCCAGCUGGUUUAACAUGUUUUCAGGGAGGUUUUAAACAUUUCAAUUGAUUUGACCUUUAAAACAUACCAUUAUACGACUCAAAUCCGGUAAUAAUUGUAAACGAUUUGUAACCAGUUUUGGUAAAUUUUAAAUUGUUUCAUGACCGCACCUUUAUCAUACCCUCAGUAACAGUUGUUUUGAUAUGUCAGAAAUAAUCACUGCUUCGGCUUGUACUAUUGUACAAGGGGUCGUAAAUGUUGGUUUGAACUGCUCGUGGUGUUGCGUUUGUGUAACCUGCGGCGUAGCACACGUUUUUUUCUUUGUUUGUUUUUUAUUCCUGUUGCGGCUUCGCAAUUUGCCCAGGUGCUCCCCGGCUACGCUCACUAGUUAUUAAGACCUCUCACGUAAAAUUGCUAACUUAUUUCACCGAAAAUCCCCAAAGAAACUCGAGUUAACGCUUCAAUAGUGUCUAGCUUAUCUUUGACAGGCAAUUCAGCUCUCUGUGUCCAUGGAAUCCUGUGUUCAACCUAGACCGGAAGUUUGCCUUGGCGUGUUCAAUGCCCAAGUCGAGAGGGAAUGGAAAGGAGGCUUAAAACCUCUCGCUUGGGUGCGAGCCGCUGUUGAUGCUAGGAUAAGACGCUUUACAAACACUCUUAGUCCUCUUUGUAAAUGUUACACCUCACUAUACAUUCUAGACCUUCCUAUCAUGUUUAUCAUUUUUAUUUGCACAAAUUAUCUUACUUCGAACUUGCAAGUUUUUUAGAAUCCGUUAGAAGUUAAAAAAAACUGCGACGAUUUACCCGUUUGAGGUUCUUUAGACAAACAGACGUGUAGUUGCAUCUCAUUAAGCGCAUGUGCAAGAUUUCAAUUUUUUGCGAACAUUGCGUCAUGAAGCUGCCGUGGAUUAAAACUGGAUUGAUUCUCGAAGGCUGGGGAAAAUUGUAAUAACAAAACAUUUUAGGGAGAAAAAUAUUUUGAAGUGUGCAAAACACAAAACUAACAUUUUUAAAUAAACUCACUCAACCAUAGAUAACCAACUCAGCCUGAAGCAAAAGUGGAAGUUGGUAUGAAAGACGAAACAAAAGCAGUGCUUGUCUAUGACAGUCACUCAAACACGAAAAAUCUACCUGCUUGUAUACUGACGUGGUCAAAAGAACGUAUUUAUAACGAUUUCCUAUAAGUUGAGCAAAUUAUAUUUCUACAACAGCUGGGACGUAAGUUUUCUCGGUCGAGGAUGAAUUUUUUCAAUAUCAUAUUUUGUCUGCUCUGUUGCAGCUCGAUCUUUCAAACACUGAGCGGGGUAAACAGCACAUCAAAACAAGUCACAUCCAACAAAACUCCCGAUACUUCGACAUCAAGCAAGUGCCUCAACGUUCACUUCAACAAUUACUACUCUGGGCCAGCAAAUAAGGACAUCAAGGUACAUCUUCUCAAAAUAGAGAAUCAACUCGCAGAUUUAGAGAAGAAAAUCGAUGCUUUGACGGAAAACAAAACAACUCCGCCAGGUGAGUUUUUGUCAAUUUUGUAUAUACGUCUUACAACUCAUCCAUGCUGCAAUAUUAUCAUGCUAACUAUAGUUGUUGAUGUCUCUCGACAGCUAUGAAAAACUGUGCUGAGCUGUACAAAUCCGGCGAAAGAAUUACAGGAGUUUACACAAUCGAUCCCGAUGGUUUGGGUGCGUUUGAUGUGUUUUGCGACCAAAAAUCUGUAGGUGGGGGGUGGACAGUAUUCCAGAAGAGACUCGAUGGCUCCGUUGAUUUCAACAAUCGCGGCUGGGCGGACUUCAGACGUGGAUUCGGAAACUUAAAUGGUGAGUUUUGGCUCGGAUUGGACUAG